UUUCGUACCUGAAAAAAUUGAAUGACUGCAUUCUCUACCUAAGUAUCUCCUCGGUGGAGGUCUUGUAUCCAGUCGUGAUUGUGGAUCUGUGGAAGGAACAACCACCCUUGUGAACAACAGGGGUUGUAAGCCGCUUUUUGGGGUUGUCUGGUCGAAAUCGGCAGUACCCCAAUCGGUCCAAGCUCACAAAAUCGAGCUCAGGUUUCGCAUCACGUAAUCCAGUCAAACUGUCAAGCACGAGAUGCCGGUGGUAAAAUUUACUCGAAGUCAAUCACAACAAGGCCGUGAAUAUGAGCGGGAAGUUCAAAAGCAUACUGAAGUCCCACAUGACUUUAAAAGUUUCCAGCCCACACGCUUCCAUCGAUGUCAGACUUUGGGGUUUCGCAAUGGAAUCCCAGUUCAAAAGAAACCAGUCUUGGGAAUCGGCGGAGAGCGCUUGCUUCAAGACCUUUUGAUUCAAGGUCAGGGAAAGGCUCGCCAGAAAUACGAAGAUAUGGUCGAAGAUCCCUUUAAGUUCAACCAAAAGCGAAUCUAUGGGCAAAGCAGGCCCAAAUCGGCCCCGGCUUUCAGGCCCAAAUUUUGCGACUUGGACCAAAAAGUCCUGAGAUUUUUUGCCCACUUUGACGAGUGCGUUGGUGACGACUUUCGGCGGAGACUGGUUCACAUCUUAUACUAUCUCGUUGAUGAUACCAUGAUGAUAAUUGAACCUCGAACCAAGAACUCGGGCCUGUACCAAGGUCUACAAUUGAAACGGCAUCGAGUUCCUUUGAACGAUAGUAUAUUAGGUGAAGGAUCGUUUUACCAUUGGACCGACAUCAAGAUAGGAGAACCGUUGAAGAUCUACGGACGAACUUAUGUCGUUCGGUCUUGCGACGAGUUCACUCGAAAAUAUCUUACGGAGGAGGGAAUGAAGGAUUCCGAUGAAAGCAAGACCACGGGGGAGAUGAUGGUUUCAAAUUUCCCGCUAAAGAUGGAUAUUCAUCAACACGAAACACCAGAGAGAGCCAAUUUCCAGAACAAAGAUAAUCCAAAGAGUUAUCCCAAAGAGAACAAGUUGCGCAAGUUCUACGAAAAUGACGGCAGGGUGUUAAGGUUCAUGUGUCGAAGUGACUUGCCCAAAUAUCCGUUGGGUAAGAGUGGAGAAAAAGAGUUCAUUCUUCACUUUUAUCUGGCCGAUGACACGGUCGAGAUCCGAGAGAUGCGAUCCGAGCGGCCGCAAUCAGCAGCUGGAGCCAAAUAUUUGAGGCGCCAACAAGUGCCCAAGACACCACCUCGAAGUGGAUGCGACGAGUUUCCCUCAUCUAUUCCGUACUCCCCAGAGGAUUUUUACCAAUCUAAGGACUUCAUUGUCGGGGAGAACGUGUCCGUUCUGAAUAGAAGGUUCUACAUCUAUGAUUGCGACGCUUUUACCAAACAAUACAUUCAACAUGUCUUGGGUAAGGAGGUAAAGCCGCAGAAGACCGUCACGUUGCCGUCACCAGAGCCUAUUAUUCCCGUCCCUGAGCAAACAAUUGUGACCAUAGGCAACCCUGAGGACUCGUUACAAAAUUGUUUAAGACUCACGCCUAAGCCUCCUAAAAAGGAUUUUAAAAAGUUUCUCGAAUUCUCCGGCAAGACCUUGAGAUUCGAAGCCAAAAUCCACUCGCCAUGGUUACACGACGCCAAUAGAAAGUUUAUUUUCACUUACUUCCUUUGCGACGACACAGUGAGCAUAUUUGAACGAUUGCCUCCAAACUCCGGGAGAUUUUGUGGUAAAUACCUUGAACGUUCCAAGGUUGCCAAACCAGAUUUGAAAGUUAACGGCGAAACGGAUUUUUACUCCAUCGAUGACUUUUACAUUGGGUCAAUUUUGAUCAUUCAUGGCAGAAAGUUCGAGAUCGUUGGGGCUGACGAUCGAGUCCUGAAAUAUCUGAUUGACGAAUCGGCUCGGAAGCCCCUCCCCGUCCGCAACACGUCCACUUUACGGCAAUAUUUCCAGGACAACGGCAAGCUUGGUCCAGAUUCGCACGACUCGAAUCCGGCUGAAGAUGAAACACAUGAGACUGAACGUAACCAAAUCCGCUUUGACAACUAUUCCCUAUCAAAUUCUGGCGAGGAAAAUGACUAAUUUCUCUAUGUGUUACCUU